AACAGUCCUCCCUAUCUUCUUAGAACGGAACCUGUCAAAACAAGCACGAUUACACAGGAGCUCAAAUCUACGUACGUACGUGUGCACGAACAUACGCCAUGGCGCUCCAUGGGCUCCUCACUUUGCCGAUUUCUCAGGUCGUCAUUUCGGCAGCAUGCACGUGUCCGCCGGUAACAGUCGGACAACCUUCAAGGGCACACUUCGUGUAUUCCUCGCCGUCGGCGAACCGUAAGCUCAUCUUAAGCUCGUGCUCCAACAACAAUCCCUACACGGUAGCCGGCGCCAUGCAGGAAGUGGCAGCAGGAGAAGAGGAGCAUGAGCUAAAGCUCCUGGGGACAUGGAGGGGGCCGUUCGCUCUGCGGGUGAGGCUGGCGCUCAACUUCAAGGGCCUGAGCUACGAGUACCAAGAAGAGGAUCUUGCCAACAAGAGCAAGCUUCUUCUCGAGUCCAACCCGGUGAACAAGAAGGUGCCCGUGCUCAUCCACAACGGCGUGCCCAUCUGUGAGUCGCUUGCCAUCUUGGAGUACGUCGACGAGGUGUACCGUGGGAUAGGACCCUGCCUCCUCCCCGCCGACCCUUACCAACGUGCUAGGGCUCGAUUCUGGGCCGCCUACAUUGACAACAAGCUAGUCGCGCCGUGGUGGAAGAUGUUUGUGGGUAAGACAAACAAGGAGAAAGAUGAAGGGAGAAAACAGACGCUCGCGGCAGUGGAGAUGCUAGAGGGGGCCUUGGGGGAAUGCUCCAAGGGAAAGACGUUCUUUGGAGGAGACAACGUCGGCUAUAUCGACGUUGUGUUGGGUGGUAUGGUCGCAUGGAUGCUAGGAACCAAGGCGCUGUGUGGUGUGGAGCUCCUUCACGCCACCAAGACCCCGCUUCUGCUGGGAUGGAUGGAGAGCUUUGGCGGACUGGAACCUGCAAAGGUGGUUCUGCCCGAAGUUGAUAGGCUGGUCGAGUUUGCAAAGAUGAAACGGGCCCAAAGGACUCUAAUCUAAGAUGUCUUGACCGUCUGAGAAUAACUAAGGAUCUUAAAAUGAGUACAUAGAAAAGCUUAUAUCCCUUGUAACAUCGCAAAGCGUUAUCAUUCAGACUGGAGUUCAAUCGUCUUCA